AUGACGAACAGACUCAGUCAGAUACUCACCCUCGGCGGCAUCGGAGUAAUCACAGCCGCUAAUUCUCUCUAUCUCGUCGACCCUGGUGAAAAAGCACUCAUUAUGAACAACCUUACCGGACUACAGAAGAAGAAUCCUAUCAUCUAUGAUGCUCGCUUGCGCCCCAUUGAUAUCCACGUCACUACUGGUACGAAGGACCUGCAAACUGUGACUAUUUCUCUGAGGAUCCUGCAACAACCGGUGGCGGAAAAAUUGCCAGAUAUCCAUCAACUGUUGGGGAAGGACUACGAGAAGAAGGUCUUCAAUUCGAUCGGCCAGGAGAUCCUCAGGACCAUCGUAGCUCAAGCUCAAGAGUUCAACGUCAACGUGGAGGACGUAAGCUUCAUGCAUUUGGGCUUCAGUCCUGAGUACUCUCGCGCCAUUGAGAAGAAAGCAGUCCAACAACAACUGGCAGAGAUGCAAAAGUUCAUCGUCCUGCGCGAUGAGGAACUGAAGAGCGCUCAGAUCAUCAGGUCAGAAGCCGAAGCAGAGGCCGCCAAGCUCAUCAACCAGGCAGUAAAGACCUACGGCGCCACCCAGAUAGAGAUAAAGAAGCUGGAGCCGCUAUCAACAUAG